AUGAAGUCGAGGUGGUGGUUCUGCGGCGGGUCGACUGCUCGCCUGAAGGAGGGCUGCGACAAGGUCCUCGCGCCCUGCGCUCCACUCAACGAUACGGAGAACCGGGAGCUGCUGAUGGAUUUCUACAACGCGACGGGAGGACCCACCACUUGGCUCAAACGGUGCCACCGAACAGAUGACGCCACGUGCUGGGGCUCGGACAGCUACUUCUGUAACUGGUUCGGGAUCGGUUGCCGCAUUUCCAACGGCAACAUCGCCUUUAUCAGUAUCAACCUGCCGGCCAACAACCUCACCGGUGCGCUGCCGGCGUCACUCGCGCGCUUCUGCGGCCUUACCGCGCUGGUCGUGCCGGACAACGCGAUCGGCGGGCCACUGCCGCCGUUCGGGUCCGUCACCGACAUGCCCAACCUCACCACCCUCGAUCUGUCUUCCAAUUGGCUCAUUGGCGCUUUGCCCGAAGACUACGGCUACCUGUCGGCGCUGUCCUACCUGAGCCUGGCGAGCAACAGCCUGUACGGACCGAUCCCCGAAUCGCUCAAGUGCGCGAGUGCGCUCGUCACGCUCGUGCUCAGCGACAAUUCCUUCUCCGGGGGAAUGCCGGAGCUGUUCGACCCUUCACACAUCAGAUACGUGGAUGUUUCGCUGAACGAGCUGUCGGGUCCACUACCCCAGCGCUGGAAUGUAUCCAAUGCCGCGCGCACUCUUUGGCUUUCCUUUGCCGAGAACAAAUUCACCGGCAUGAUACCCGAGUCUCUGUGCAAGAUCCCGAUACUGAGCCGGCUCGUGCUGUCCUACAACCGCUUGGAGGGUCCAAUCCCCCAGGCGCUGACCCAGGGCGAAGGCCUCCAAAUCGUUCUGCUCGACAACAACCACCUGUCGGGCACCAUCCCGCCCUUCUCCGGGUACUCGAGCAUUGUGAUGAUGGACUUCAGCAACAACGUGCUCAUGGAGGGCACCAUCGGCGCGGAUUUGGUCCGUUACAACAAUGCACUCGUGUACCUCUCCAUCAAAGGGAACGUAAAGAUGCACCUUGAGUCGAACUCCAACUUGUCGUCCAUCAUCUGGUGGGGCGCCGAUUACUCCAACAUGGACGUCGACGACGGACGCAUCUUCUACUGCCCCACUGUCGAAACCGUUCCGCCCUACUAUUUUCAGUUGUCGGCGUCUCCCGAGUUCCUGGGGUACUCUGUGUGCACGUGCGCGCGCGGCUACUACGGCCUGCCGCCGGACGAGUGCCAGAUGUGCCCACCGCACGGCAACUGCAGCCAAGGUGGAACUACCGUGACCUGGAAGCGCGGCUUCUACCCCGUCUUCAACGGAUCUUUGUUGGUGCUGGCGCUGCCGUGCGGGGACUACGGCACGGAUGGGAGCACGAGCGGGUGCAACCCCUACAACAACUGUUCGCUGACCUAUGGCAGCGACGUGUCCUCGGACGUGUGCUACUUUUCGAGUCGCGGCCGCUGCCUCCGGUGCGACCUCACGCUCACCGUCGUCGUGGCCACCAUCCUGGGCGUGGCCGUCAUCGCCCUGGCCCUCUUCCUGGCCUACCUCUUCGUCUUCCGCAACCGCUUCUACGUCAAGAUACGCCGCGUGGGCGCCAUCAUUCUCGACUCGGGCACGCUCAAGAUUCUGCUGGUCUUCGUCCAGACCACGGCCUCGCUCAACGGCCUGUGGCCCGAGUGGGCCAUGGCCAACGGCAUGCGCUGGCUCAACAUCAGCAACCUCAGCACAUCCGGCACCGGCGUCGAGUGCGUGUUCCACUUCAUGAACGACCCGGUGCUGAACCUGCUGGCCUACCUGCUGGUGCUGCCGGCGCUCACGGGGCUCAUCGCCGCGCUGGUCCUGCUGCGCGCAGGCAUUGCCUGGCUGCGGCGCAGAAGCGGGGACACGUCAUCAGCCACCUCAAGCGCAGUGCCAUCACCAGCGAUUAAUCGUGCUGCUGACGUGGCAUCCGAGCUGGUCGGCCACGAGCUCACGCCCGAGGCCUCCGACGUGCGCAAGCCCAGCGACGCCCCCGCCGCGCCGCCCCACGACGAGUCCCUGCCGCUCCUCCUUUCAUCGUCGGCCUCCAAAGCCGAGCGCCAGCCGCUGCUGCAGGCCCAGCCCGGGUCGCGCCAGCUCGAGGCCGCGGCCGCCGCUGACGACGAGUGGCAGCCGCGGCCGUGGCACUGGGGCAUCUACGCGUGGAUGUACCUGCUCUACUUCCUCUACUUCGAGCUGGCCAACCGCACCCUGGCCGUCUUCAACUGCGUGGCCGAGCCCGUGACCGGCGACAAGUACCUCAGCAUGCUCCCCUGGCUCCGCUGCUCCUCGGACACGCAGUGGAGCACGCUGGCAAAGAUGGGCAUCGCGUCGUCGGCGGUCUACGUGGCCGGCAUUCCGCUGCUCUUUGCCGCGCUGCUGCUGGCCUUCCGCCGCCACUCGCACGAGCGCCGGGUCAAGUACUGGCUGGGCAACCUCUACUACUGCUACCGCCCCUCGAUGUACUGGUUCGAGCUGGCCAUGCUCACCCGUCGGCUGCUGCUGGCCAUCCUGAUCUCGGUCACGCCCCAGUCGACGCCGUUCCGCGCGGCCGCGAUCAUUCUCGUGCUGUGGGUCGCGCUGGUCGUGCAGCACCUGGUGCGGCCGUUCGCGGUCGAGCGCGACAACCGGCUCGAGGAGCUGGCCAUCGGGACCGUGCUGUUCACGUUCGUCACGCAGACGCUAUGGCGGGCCUACAGCCAGCUCCACUCCGUGGCCCAGGAGAAGCUCGCCGUGUCCUGGUCGGCCGCCAGCGACGUUCUCGUCAUUGCCGACGGGUACGCGUUGCUGCUGGUGUCGCUGGUGCUGGUGCUCAACGUGGUGAUGCUGGUGGUGGUGUUCGGGUGCAUGGUGUGGCCGCUGGUCGUCCUCUUCUACCACAAGAUCGCCCGCUGGUGGCACCGCCGGCGACAGCAGCGAGUCGCCAUCCAGUAG